GUCGGCCCGCAGACGACCGAGCCUCCAUCCUGGCACUUACCUUCAUCCUGGUAACUCGCAAGUCCCCGGACCAAAAACAGGAAGUAAGUAGCCAAAUCAAAAGUAAAAUUGACUUUCUGUUCGGUAGUCGGAGCCUCGGGGCGCACGACAGAAAGCUACGAGUGUAAAAAAAUCGAGAAUGAACCUCCCGAAUACCGUCAAACCGCUCAGACGCCAUAAGCUUCAGCUUGUCGACUAACAUGGCGUCGGAGAUUUUUCCUCUUUAACAGGGUAGCUCUGUGGAUGCUAACGGUUAGCAUCAGAGCUAUCAUAGUGAUCCAUACAAUCAAACGCCACUUCAAAUAAGUACUCUUGAGCUUGGUAGAUUAAAUCUGAAAUGAAACGUGGUUGUGAAAUAGGGAUAUUAAAAUGUAUAUUUAAUACCGUAUCAGUAUUUUCCGCAGUGUUCUAUAAGCUUUAACCGGACGCCGCGCAGAACUCCCUUUAAAAAUUUACAAAGUCUAAUAUAUCUCUCAGAUUCCUUGAAAAUACAUAUGCUACUAAGUUGCUGUGGUUAUAAAACCAACAUAUAAGAUAUACUCUACAAUUCGGCUUACUUCACGUCCAAUAUGCACACAAUAUUUGGACAAAUUUAAGCCAAUGCAGUGGCCGGUCUGGUUCGGUAAUAGCGCACAUCAUUGACUUCCAAUAGACAACAAUAGGAGGCAGUAUUAAACAGUUUGAGUUCAUUAUUAAGUUAGAGUAACUUGCCUAUAAGUAUUUCUUUCCUGAUCUAACCUUAACAAGAACUAAUCAGGUAAAACAUCAGAAGUUUUGACGUCUUGGAACACAACAAAUGCAAAGAAAAUGAUAGAGGGAGGUUUGGUGUAAAUGUCAGCAAGAGAGUUUUUUUUAAAGGUUUCAUACUCAAUAAAAUAUCCAAGAAGAUUUUUGGAACCUGUGCAGCUCCAACUUAGCAAAUUUGCCUUUUUUGCUUUUACAAAAUAUUUAAGUCACCAACUGUCUUACAUCAGCAGUUUAUUUCCACUUAAGUGAAAGUUAAAGAAGUUAUACCCUAGUCCAAUUUGAUACAGUUUCACAACUUUAAUUUCUCGAUCUGGGGUAGCUUAUUCAUAAGACUGAGCAUGAUUCAUUCAGACAUGAAUCGAUUAUACAGGAGAGGUAAAGUCUGAGAACAAGCGCCACAUUUAAAAUUAAGAUUUAUCUUUCAGAAUUACAUAUUUUAAAGUCUUUUUCUUAUGAGCUGUAUUGUUAUUCAUAGCAGUCAUAAUAUAAAGAUAAAGUUGUCUUGAAGUCACCAUGUUUUGAGAAUAAACUGGUGUUUGAGUCAUAAUUUGGUUUACUGUGAGCAGCCAGCUUCCGUGAACCACCAAAAUGAGGAACUUUGAGCUCCAUGUCUCUGUUUUGUCUCUUUUAUAUUCCUGCGCAGUUGCAUUGUUUGACUUGUUAUUUAUUGGCAGGUUGAGGAUGAGCUCAACAGCAGAGGAUGAAGAAGCUGCAGCGUUAGAAACCGUCAAGUCCGUCACUUUGACUCAGGACAGCGAUGGGAGCAUCAUACUCCACUGCCCCCCAACCGGUCUGUUCACACACUUCUUCUUUACCUGCUCAUCCUUCCUGUCUCAUGUGAUCUUAGCUUCUUAUGUUAAUAAAUAUAACUUUGAGCCUCCUUUGAUGAAGCAAAAUGUUUAUGUUCUUGUAGAUGAGGACUCAGAGCCUCUCCAGAAGAAGCUGCGCCUCUCUACAGACGAACAUGAAGACUCAGACGCGCCUCAGUUCUCUGUGGUCACCUUACCUAGUGAGACACACCCACUGGCUUCAUAUAAAACUGAUAACUAUUGAAGGAAAUAUAGUCCCAGAGCAUUGACUAUUAGUUUGCCGGUUACAAUACAAGUGAAACCAAGUUUUCAGGCUUCUUUUAACUUCACGGCAUGAAGUUUUAAGGUUGACACUGUGUUUUUAUUAAUACUGAUUAACCGCUAGUUUCAGUCUGUUGGUGUGCUUUUCAUAUCAACAACCCCCAAAACACACACUAGUAUGCUUUUCUGUCAUGGGUAACAUCUUAUUCCCUGUAUUUGUAUGAAGUUCUCGGGUCUUCCUCUUUUCAGUGUCGGAAAAUGAUGAAGGUUUCGAGGUGACGAUGACAGCCACAGCAGACGGAGAUCUCUCUGAUGAGAGCGUCGCUCAGAUUCAAGUAACUUUUACCAAAUCUUUAUGCGUAUUGAUCUUUUUUUCUUUCUUUUUCACUUCAAGUGGCAAAAAGCCCUUAAAUCUGAUCUGACAAGCUGUUUAUUUGAGUCAUUAGAGCUGCCUUUAACUUUAGGGCCUUAUGUUGUCAAUUUGUGGUUGUGGUCCAGAUUCUGCAUGAGGACGAGGACUCUCUCUCGCCCAAUCAGAAAGCAGAGGUGUCACCUGUCAGUCAGGCGUGGUUCACUACCAAAGAAGACAAAGACACACUGGCUAACAAAGGUACACACGAGACAUGUUCGAAACGAUAAUGGCUCUAAUUUUUUGCACAUUUGAUAUGUUUUUGUUGAGUCAGGCAGAACAGUGUAACUGUUUUUUUCCUCUGUAGGCCAUAAAUGGAAGCAGGGUAUGUGGUCCAAAGAGGAGAUCGACAUCCUGAUGAGCAACAUUGAACGAUAUGUAAAGGUAGGUAAUGUUCUGCAGCUUUUCCCGUCUUUGUUGAAGCAGAAAAGUCAUGUUCCGUUCAGUUGAUGUUCUUAAUAUGUGUGCGCAUACAAUCCUAGGGCCGAGGCAUCGAGGACCCAGCAGAGAUCAUCUUUGAGAUGUCCAAAGAGGAGAGGAAGGAUUUCUACCGCUCAGUGGCUUUAGGUUUAAACAGGCCACUGUUCGCCGUUUACAGGCGAGUUCUACGAAUGUACGACAACAGAAACCACGUCGGCAAGUAAGUUUAUGAAGAAACAGUGACUGAAAAAACAUUGGCUUUGGUGUUUUUUCUCAGUUUGAAUAGUAUUGUGUUGCUUUUCCCGCUUAGAUACACUCCUGAGGAGAUAGAGAAGCUAAAAGCGUGAGUAAAGACUUUGUGUAUCCUUUCAUAAAAUAGUUUGAACAAAAUUUGUGUUUCUGAGAAAUAUGUAUGUUUUCUUGGCCUUCAUAUCUGGUGUGUUUUUUCAGAUUGAGGGACAAACAUGGGAAUGAUUGGGCGACUAUUGGAGCUGCUCUGGGUCGCAGUGCCUCCUCCGUUAAAGAUCGCUGUCGACUGAUGAAGGACACAUGUAAUACAGGUAUAGGAGAUCAUUUAAAGCAUAAAAAACGUGACAAUUUGAUCAAAUUUGUGAAAUAAUUUCUGUUGUUUCACCAUGAGCCAGCAUUUAGGCAUCAAUGACUAAGCCUGACGGAUUAAAAUUUGUAACUUUUGGAUAUUCUGGCAAAAUUUACAGCAUCCCAAAAAAAAAAAAAAAACAGCGUUAAGACUGAAUUUUAGAGAAAAUUUGAAGUUUGACACUUGUUUUUUAUGUUUUAUUUAUAUUAUGGUUGUUAAUCUGUUUUUAAAUCUGAUAUUCAAGGUGUUUUUGUCUUUUCAAAUCAGGUAAAUGGAGCGAGGAGGAGGAGCGGCGCCUGGCGGAGGUCGUGUAUGAAAUGGCAGGUGUGACUCCAGGAUCAGCUGUCACAGGUGGCGUUUCAUGGGCAACGGUGGCCGACCAGGUUCGCACACGCUCAGAGAAACAAUGUCGGUCAAAGUGGUUGAACUACCUGAACUGGAAACACAGCGGGGGGACGGAGUGGAUGAAGGAAGAUGACCUCAACCUCAUACGCAGGUACAGAGUGUGCUGAAGAGCGUGUUUGUGUGUGCUGUGAAUGACGUACGUUAAAGCUAAAGAUGUCUUUCAGGAUUGCAGAGCUGGGGGUUGAAGAUGAGAAUGACAUCAAGUGGGAGGACCUCGCAGGCGGGUGGAGCAGCGUAAGGUCGCCUCAGUGGCUGCGAUCAAAGUGGUGGAGCAUCAAGAGACAAGUAGCCAAUCACAAGGAGAUCCCCUUUGGUGGUAAACACACACAUACACUCAAAUGUGAACUUAGAGACUUUCAUAACAAAUCUAACUCAGAGACAAUGACACUCCACUGUGUUAACCAGAGACCUGUGUGUAUUUCAGUCCUCCUGAAGGGUCUCCAGGAGCUAAUGGCAUCCUCACAGACCUCAUCUGGACCAGGAAGUCCGUCCUCCUCCUCCUCGCUCCAGAUUCGCUUCACCCGCUUGGAGGAGAACGGAGGCAGCAGCCCCGCCCCCAGCUCUGUGGCAGCGCUGCAGAUCCCCGUACAGAUCCCUCUGCAGAUCACACACCUGGGUAGGAUGCAGUGCACAUACAGAAACGGAUAAAACAAAGUGUUUUUGUUUGUUUCCAAGAUUAUUAAUGAUCACUGACUUUGGAGUUUUGUUUCUCUGCAAGCGUCGGACUCAACAUCAACUGCAGCCAGUGACAGUGAAACCAUCACUCUGAACACAGGAGCUCUGCAGACCUUCGAGAUUCUGCCUGUAAGAUAAACACAGGAGUGUAUUUGUGGUCAUAGCUGUAACUUAUUAUUUGUUCUCUUGCAUUUCUUGAAAUUUGUCCCUGUUCUUCAGUCCUUCCAUCUGCAGCCCACCGGCACCCCAGGGACCUACUACCUCCAGACAACAUCCAAUCAAGGCCUGCCGCUCAGCCUCUCCACCAGUCAAGGCCUCCCUCUCAGCUUAUCUAACAACAGCACUGUUACCCUGACGACAGGCUCCUCCCCCUCAUCACACGAGCACAUCAUCCUCCACAGCCUUUCGGUCAGUCUUCAUAACAAACAUGUGUGACCUGUUUUUAGUCCGUUACAUCACUGAAUGUUUUAUUCUCGCUCCUCAGACUGACAGCCUCUGCUCAGGCGAUGGCUCAGUCAUCAUCCAGACCGUCACCUCUGACCCUGCCUCCUCCGACCCUCUCAGCCAAUCACAGCUGGUUGUGGAGACUGAAGGGCAGAACCAGGAGGACCAGCUAGAUGCUACAAGUCUUCUAGAGGGAUCAGAGGGCGUCGUUACAGAAACACAGGAACCAAUGGCGGGUGGUUUUACUGACAAGGUACAAAAACUAGAGACAAUCAACAACCUCUUUUGAUUGACAAGUGCAGUUUUUUUGUGCUGAACACAGCAUUCUGUGUUUGUGUUUAGGAGCUGACUUCCUCUUCAGUUGAGGCUCCGGUGGUGCAUUCUGGCAUAACACCUGGCAGUGCCGUGCUCAUUGUAUCACCUCCAAACAUCAGCAGCACACUAACAGGUAACCUCUGACCUUUACAGCUUCAUAUUAGUAACAUAAUAUGUGUUCCUCAGCACCUGAUAGGCCUAUAAAUAUCUUCUUUUUUACACAGACACAAAAAAAGUGUCUUGAUACCUGUGUUUGUGUCCUUAGAUCCCAUCUUGGAGAACCAGGAAGGCUCUGACUGAGCAGGACGGAUGGAGGACUUAAAUUCAGUCUUUGCUUCUUGACCCUGAUGGACGUUUUUGCUGCUUCUGUCCCCUGUUUUAAAGUGGGGUGUGAACUUGUUAAUAACAGACUAACAUGGCUGAAGUUUAAACCCUGGAUGAAAUGUGAAUGCUGACGUCCUGCAGUGCCAAAGAGACUCUUAACAGCUGUGAAGUGAACUAACCUUCACUCCUUUGAACAUUAAAGCAAGUUUAUACAUAAUGCAUUCUUUUGAUACCAUGAAGUAGUUUUGCUGGCAAACUGAAUGAUUUUUCUUUGUCAUUAAUCGUGUAAAUAUUAAUUAAAAUGAAUUAUUUCAGUUGUUUUUUCACUGA